AUGGCGGCGCAAGGGGGCGCUAAUGGUGGCGGGUUCGGGCAGCAAGGAGGCAGAAGGGGAGGCCCGGGGUUUAAUCCUGGUUUCAAUCCGGGGUUUGAUCCAGGUUUUGCAGGGAGAGGCGGCCGUGGCUAUGGGUCUUUUCCCCAUAAUUGUGGCCGUGGAAGCAACUUCGGUGGAGGUCGUAGCGGCUAUGGUGGCUAUGGUGGUUAUGGCAGCCAGAACAACUAUGGGUACCAAGGUUUUCACGGUGCUAAUCGUGGUCGUCGUCCAUACUAUGGCGGCUAUGGUGGCAAGCGUGGCCGAGGUGCAGGAUAUGGAGGUCAACAAUUCCAACAGCAGGCGACCCCAAACCCAACUCCGAUGGGGGGGGACUACGGCACCGGAGCCCACAUCGCUGACCAGAUGGGGCAGAACUUGGGUGCCCAGCAACAGCACUCCACGGUGCCUGCAACGGGUACCAAGUCUGCCACAGGAGGUGUCCCCAUCGCUGUUACAGCCGAUAACCAUCUUGGCUCAGCUGUGCUCGGCGAUCCCCAGCCCGGCCACCCCUCGGCUGGCCAGGAGCUUCACCAGGCCCCUCCCGCUGGCCUACACAAGCAGGGGAGCAAGCUAGAACUUUCACCGCAUCGUCUGGUUGAAAACAAGACAACAGCUGAGGUACCAAAAGACACUAUCCCACAUAAUCCUGACAAUGAGCCAAUGAAUGUUGAUUUACCAGAGUCAUCCAAGGGGAAGUUCAAAUGGGAGAUUGAGGAGAAAGGAAAAGAUGCCUUCACCACUAAUUUCCCCUCCACUGUUUGGCUUGACACUGUGGUCAAUUGGGGCCCUAUGGUGACAAAGUCUUUCGAAGGAAAAAUUCAAUUUGAGAAAAGCUCAGAAGAGGAUGUUUACAAGUACGAGAUUGAGAAAGUUUGGUUGCAUUUUGGGGUGGAGCAGGAGGCGCCUGAGGGUGAGCCAAUCUUGCUUGACCUUGAUUCUAAAUUGGAAGAUGAAGAGCCUAAUGAGGAUGAUGAUCCUAAUGAUGAUGACCCUAAAGAGGAGGGAAAUGGUGACAAACCGAUGGACAUAGAUAAAAAAAAGCGGAUCAGGCACCACAUCCUACAAAGAAGGCUGAGAUUAUUUAUGGCAUUGUAUGGCUCCGCGGGGACGGUCUGGAGGUGCGACGGAGGAAGUAAAAAACGAGUCGUGAUCGCCAGUGGCCCCACCACUAACCGUCCCCAGAAAUGGGUCACCGCCAGCCGGCACGUGUGCUCAUCAGAGACGCCAGUUCCUGUGCCGGCUCCAAUCCACGCCGUCCAGACGCAGUCGGCCGUUGCAUAA